AACACUGGGGCAGGAAAGUGAACAAACCCCGCCCAAACCCCAGGGCAGUGAGUUGGCCCCAAGGACUUCUGGUCAACUCUACACAGCUGUUAGCAGGCCGAGCACUUCAUAGGCGCGGAAGAUCGCUGCCUUCUCCAGCCGGGCCCUGCACCUCCUGGGCCUGCCCUCAAAGACUGCGUUCCAGGUGGGAAUCGGGAAGAAGCACGAGACCGGGAGGAGGUGCCCAAACACCUUAAGCCUGAGCCGAGCGGAUUUAGCUCUGCGAGAAACCUUUUCGCUAGAGCCCAGAGUGGGCGACACCGCGGAGGAGGCGCGGCAGCCCUGCCCCCUUGCCCCUCGCGCUCGCGGGUGCCGGUAAACGCACUCGAGGAGGGGGCUCUGGUCAAGGACAGGGAUCCAGAGCCAUGGCUGAGGCCGUGGAGCCGGAGGGGGGCGCUCCGGGUGCCCAGGCGCAGCCCGAGGACCCAGAGACUCUGGCAGUGGCCUCCAAGGCGGAGGGAAGCGAGGUUGGCGAGGGCACCGCAGCGGUACCCGGUGGCGACGAGACGCGCGAAGUGGCGGAGGAAGGCGGUUGCGGGCGGGACCGGGGGAGCGCGGGCGAGGGAGCAGACCCGGGGGCCGAGACGCAAGGCUCGGGGGGAGCGCAGGGCUCUGUGGAGGGCUGGGAGGAGACCGGGGAGGGAACCCAGGACGGCACCGCGGUGCCCCCAGCAGGGGAGGAAGUGGGCGGCACGGAGCAGGUGGAAAAGCGCGCAGGGGAGAUUCGGGGGGACCAGGAGGACCCCGCGAUCCGGGAGGCGCAAGAGGAAACAGAGAGCGGGCUGGAGGAGCCGCCAGAGUUCAGCGUAGAGCCCCAGGGGCCGGAAGGCAACAGCAUGGAUGCCGAGGGGCCGGCUGGAGGGGAGCACGGGGUGGAGAAUGAGCCCCAGGACGGAGGGGAGGGCGGCCUCCAGGCCCAGUCUGAGGAGAACGAGGAGCCGGGCCGGGAGGAGCUCAGACAGGCUGCAGCGGAGGGCUUGGCGGCAGAGCCUGGGUCCCCGGGGGCAGAGGGGUCGCAGGACAAGACGGCAGACGCUGGCGAGAACGGUGACCCGGGAGGGCCCCGGGAAGAGGUCGGGGAGGAGGAAGAAGGGCAGGGAGAGCCGGGCCCCGCGGAAUCCAGCCAGGAUGCCGCACCGGCGGGCGGGGAGCAGCCCCCCGACAGCAGCCGCGGAGAGGAGGCGGCCGAGCUCAGUGGGACUGAGGAUCCCGAACCCCAGCUUGUCAACCACACGGAGGAAGAGAGCAGCGCCCAGGGAGGUGACGAGCCCGAGCCAGUGAAUGGCCGCAGGGAGGACGACGGCCAGGUGGCUCAGGAGGGAGACCCCUCACAGGAGCAUGACAUCACCCUCUUUGUCAAGGCUGGCUAUGAUGGUGAGAGCAUUGGAAACUGUCCAUUUUCUCAGCGUCUCUUUAUGAUUCUUUGGCUAAAGGGUGUUAUAUUUAAUGUCACAACAGUGGAUCUGAAAAGGAAACCCUCAGACCUGCAAAACCUGGCUCCUGGAACAAACCCACCUUUUAUGACUUUUGAUGGUGAAGUCCAGACGGAUGUGAAUAAGAUCGAGGAGUUCUUAGAGGAGAAGUUAGCACCCCCCAGGUACCCUAAGCUGGGGACCCAACACCCUGAAUCCAACUCUGCAGGAAAUGAUGUGUUCGCCAAAUUCUCAGCAUUCAUCAAAAACACCAAGAAGGAUGCAAAUGAGAUUUAUGAAAAGAACCUGUUACGGGCCCUGAAGAAGCUGGAUAAUUACUUAAACAGCCCCUUGCCUGAUGAAAUAGAUGCCAACAGCACAGAGGAUGUCACUGUUUCUGGCAGGAAGUUCUUGGAUGGAGAUGAGCUCACGCUGGCUGACUGUAACCUCUUACCCAAGCUGCACAUUAUUAAGAUUGUGGCCAAGAAAUACAGAGAUUUUGAAUUUCCUCCUGAAAUGACUGGCAUCUGGAGAUACUUGGACAACGCUUAUGCCCGGGAUGAGUUCACAAACACCUGUCCUGCCGACCGGGAGAUCGAGCAUGCAUAUUCAGAUGUGGCCAAAAGGAUGAAGUGAAGCCCGAGUCCUCCUCAUUGGACUUCUCAGUUAAAUGAGCUGGGCUUCAGGAAGAGUAAUACAUUCUAUGCAUCUCCUCCCAAGCCAACCAUCUUUUGCAAAAUAAUGCUAAUAGCAUGAAUUGUUAAACUCCAAAUGAUACAUGGCCUAGUAGUUUGGCAACUCAGCCAGUGUCUGUUGUCAUGCACACCAAUUACCUACUGUAUGUAAAUUAAGUUUUUGGCAUUCAUCAGCAUCAUAGUCUGAUGUGCAGGGCAUGUGUUUGGUAGUUUAAGUUUCAAAGCCAAUUAGGUUUGGGUUUCAUUCCUUCCAGUUUGAAAAAUGUAGUCUGUCUUCGAUAGUUUUCAUAAUCACACAUAGUCCGUUUUCUCCUCUUAAAUAUUAGCUUAAUAUUUUUCCAAAUUUAAAUACUACUUUUUAGUAUAUGUGUUGCCAAAGCGAGCACAAAACACUAUUUUUUAAAAAAUGAUAC